GGCGCCAAGAAGGACCUUAAAACGGCUGGAGUUGUCGGCGGUGAUCGCAGGACAGUCAAUUACCGUUGUCUUAAGCCACAGGCUUUAAUGCGCAUGUCGAAUUGCUUCUCCGGGUCGCGCGAGAAUAUAGGGGAGGCACAGGAGGAUCGCCGCCUCAGCCACACGCUUGGGAAAUUCUAAUUUAAGACGCGCCCCGCUCCGACGCGUACUACAUCAAGUAUCGACGUCGAUUCAUUGCGCCGCCUACAAACUCCAUCCCAUGGAAGGUUCGGCGCCGCGCUAAGCACCAUCAUGGACCCCGUAACGGCCUUGGGGCUGACUUCGAGCGUGGUCGAAAUCACCGCGCAUUGCCUAAAGGCCGCGACAGCCCUCGACGAGUUGCGCCAAAAGUACGAGAGUGCCGAGCGCACCAUCACCGCUUUCUGCGCAGAGUCGACCGGCAUCAGCGCAUCCCUGUCGCAGGUGCAGAGCCUGCUCCUACGCGACCCGGUAAAUGACCCUUCCUACCUGAAGAACCGGCCGGAGCUGUUGCCCGCUUUUGACACCGCGUUGACGGGCUGCGAGGUUGUCUACGCAUGCCUCGACGAGGAAAUCCAGCGCCUCGUCCUCGGCGCCGUCAACACGGACAACCUCACUUGGAAAGUCAAGGCGAGGUUCGUCUGGAAAGAAGAUGUCAUGAAAGAGCUGUUGCAGCAACUCCGCGGGCAACAGGCGGCGUUGAACCUCUUGAUUCAGGCGCUCCAAACGACGUCCCUACCGGAUCUGAGGAAAUUGAUGCAAGACAACACCGGAAUGCUCGCUCGAGUGACGACCCGUUCCAACUCUUUGCGUGCAUCGCAUCCCAAUAUCCAUGUUCCUCAGUCGAUAUUCUCCAAGGAUGAUACAACAAAAGCAUCGACAGAGAAAACGCCCGGCCUGCUCUCAAAGUUCGAGUUUGAAGAAUCGGUUGUAAACUCUCGGCCAUAUCGGAGGUCCCUUUCUCUGGCAAAGAUACAACCCACCGCUGCAGCCGAGAAGCCGCAAGAAGAGCAGCGCGUCGAACUCACCGAGGCCACGCCAAAGUCGGAACGGGUUCAACUUGACGAUUUCCCUCUACCUCCCGGCCGAGCAUCUAUGCAAGAAGAUUCAUCAAGAAAUUCCAAGGAACAGUCGCGAGAGUCCGACGAACCGCCUCAAACAACAACGGUAGAGGAUAACCCGCCACCUUUGCCGCCCAGGAAAGGCAAGCCCGCGGGCCGUACCCAUAAGCCAUCUGCGUCUGUCUAUAGCGUUUGGCCCAGAGCAGGCGCCCCUCUUACUCCCUUCCACGCAUCGUCGGCCUCUGUCGGCUGCAUUCCAAACGUCAAGAUCAGCAGGGACUCGAAUGAUGAGGAGGUUAUCGAUGGGCUUGGUGAAGCCUUGUCCCUUAGAAAGAAUGCUGUGCAAAAUGCCGGGGACGCAAGAUCCCGCUUAUCUAGCGAGGCCAAUGUUUCCAUCUUCUCGGGCAUGUCGGACCCCAUGAGUAGUAUUUUGGAUUCCAGCUUCUCUCAAGCUUCAAUGGCCACGUCGCCUCCGACGGGAAAUGACACAGCCAGCCCUAAGAAGGCUGCCGAAGACCAACCGGAGCCAAACCAGGAGGGUAUGGCGUGGGCAGAAGAUAUCAUACACUUCGAUGAGCCCGCGGUCACUGGCCCGAAGCUACUCACUAGCCAGGAUUUGGAACUCAGCAACCUUUGGCAGGAGGUCCUCCUAUCGGAGAUGCAAUACAAUGCGCAGCUGCAGACUAUGCAGUCAACGUUCCGGGAACCGGUGUCUCGCAAAUGGGCAUCUCUAGACAAGCACUUGGAGGUACUGGACCAUUCGAAGAAGAUCUCGGAAAUCCAUACGAAAGAACUGCUGCAGCCUCUCCAGGUCCUAAACUCAGAAGGGAACCUGACGUCUGGCGCCCCGGACGCCUUUGUCAAGUGGUGUAGGGAAGCACGUGCAUCGUACCGCGCAUACUAUCUGCGUCACCCUCAUGCCCAAACCGCCAUCCUCAUAACUUACGAAGUCGACGAGAAGUUCCGAAAGUUCGUCAAGGGGCUCCUUCCACACGCUCAAGAGCGACCGAACGUCAACGAUCUCUUGGCCGAACCGAUGCGCCAAAUGGAGUACUAUCAUUCAGUCUUUACGAAAGCGUACACUCUCAGUUGCGCAUCGCCUGGCUCGCAUGCUUCUCAGAUGUCAGGCGCUUACGCAAAGACCCUCGAAAUGAUCCAACGGCUCAAAGACUCUUGCGAAAGGCUUUACGCCGACUCAUCGCGUUAUGAGGAACUUCAAACGUUACACCGCUCCAUUCGGACGGUGAAUGCGAACCUGGCCGACCCUCUUCACCUUGUCGAGGCCGGGCGCAGGAUAAUACAUCGCGGCCCGUUGCUCGUCAAGCCCAAGGGCAAGGGCUCCUGGACCCAGGUCCACUGCGUCUUGCUCGACAACUACCUCUUCUGGGGCCGCGUCGACCGCGCCAAGGAGCAGUGGCUGGGCAGGUACAAAAACGGGGAAAGGCUUUGGGUCCUCGAGCCGCCCAUGUAUACCCGAUACCUGCAAGCCACGGUGUCGACCGGGUUGGAGAAGCCGAUGAAGGCGUCCAUGAUGGACAACGCUCCCAGGGGAUUGGAGAUUUUCCCGUUUGCGGCUUUUACUACCAGCCAUAGUCAUCUGCUAGGAGCGCUUUCGCGGGAGCAACGCCAGGCCUGGAUCGAUGCUAUUGCUUCUCUGAAACGCGAUGAUAGCCAGUGAUGAUUUUUUUGUUAGAUACCCCCUGCUUUGGAUCUCAGCACUCGUACCUAUACUAUUUAACUCCGAG